CUCGGGGCUCGUAGCGUCGGCCUGGCGGUCUCCAUCGUAGAGACGCAGCGGCCGGAGUGGCGGGGGCGGAAGCGGGUCCGCGGGCCAAGCCGGGGCGCCGGGGAGGGGGCAGUGCAGCCGGGCAGAGGCGGCCGCGGUGAGUGCGCCCGGCCCAGGGAAGCGUCGUCACCGGUCCCCGAUCCCCGGCCCGGUCCCCAGGUCUAAGGCCCUGGACCCCUGGACCUCGAAUCCCGAGGCCCCCUGGAUCCGAGACCCCGGCCCCCGGCUCCAGCCGCACCCUCGGCCAAUGAAUGAGUCGCCGACACUGUCCGCGCCGGGGCUCAGAGGCAGAGCGAGACCCCGCCCCUGGCAGCCCCUCGGAAGGGAGGUGGGAGGGGGCGCCGGGCGCUCCGCCCCCGCCCCGCCCCCAGCUCGCCCGCUGAGCGCCCGGCAGGGCUUCCCUGAGCCACAGGGCAGAGGCCAAGGGCCAGCUGGUGUCUCUGGCGGCGUCUGGGGCCCACGGGCCGGUCCUCUUCCCGCUGGCCCCAGGCCUCCUCUAGGACCUCUGUCCCUUGACAGCUCUGAGACCUUAGGGCCGCAAGGGCCGUCUGGGCAGGAUGUCACGAUGGAGGAGGGGGGCACGCCCCUGCUCCCCGACAGCCUCGUCUACCAGAUCUUCCUGAGCUUGGGCCCCACGGACGUGCUGGCCGCCGGGCUGGUAUGCCGCCAAUGGCAGGCAGUGUCCCGGGAUGAGUUCCUGUGGAGGGAGCAGUUCUACCGCUACUACCAGGUGGCUCGAGAUGUGCCCCGACACCCAGCGGCCACAUCCUGGUAUGAGGAGUUCCAGCGGCUGUACGACACGGUGCCCUGCGUGGAGGUGCAGACGCUCAGGGAGCACACGGACCAGGUCCUGCACCUCAGCUUCUCCCACUCGGGGUACCAGUUUGCUUCCUGCUCCAAGGACUGCACGGUGAAGAUCUGGAACAACGACCUGACCAUCGCGCUCCUGCACAGCGCAGACAUGCGGCCCUACAACUGGAGCUACACCCAGUUCUCCCAGUUCAACCAGGACGACUCGCUGCUGCUGGCAUCGGGGGUGUUCCUGGGGCCCCACAACUCCUCUUCGGGCGAGAUCGCGGUCAUCAGCCUAGACAAUUUUGCCCUGCUAUCCCGAGUGCGCAACAAGCCCUAUGAUGUGUUUGGCUGCUGGCUCACGGAGACCAGCCUGAUCUCGGGGAACCUGCACCGCAUCGGGGACAUCACGUCCUGCUCAGUGCUCUGGCUCAACAACGCUUUCCAGGACGUGGAGUCGGAGAACGUUAAUGUGGUGAAGCGGCUCUUCAAGAUCCAAAACCUCAAUGCCAGCACCAUCCGCACUGUGAUGGUGGCUGACUGCAGCCGCUUUGACAGCCCUGACCUGCUGCUGGAUGCGGGGGCACCCCCGGGCCGCAUCUUUGACCUGGGAGGCGACAGCGAGGACGAGGAGUCCGGCCCGGCCCCGGUCCGUGCCAAGGAGGGCUUGCGGAGCUUCCUGGACGGGUUUCUGGACGGGCGGGCGCAGCCCCAGCUGUCAGAGCGUGCACUGGAGACCAAGGUGGCCGAGCUGCUGGCGCGGGGCCGCACCAAGCCCCCCGAGCGCAGCGCGGCUGACGAGCGGAACAAGCUCCUUCUCUUCACCACGGGCUGCCUCACUUACUCGCCACACCAGAUCGGCAUCAAGCAUAUCCUGCCCCACCAGAUGACCACAGCUGGGCCUGUACUGGGCGAGGGACGGGGCUCAGACGCCUUCUUUGAUGCCCUGGACCACGUCAUCGACGUGCACGGACACAUCAUUGGCAUGGGCCUCUCCCCUGACAACAGGUACCUGUAUGUGAACAGCCGAGCCUGGCCCAGUGGCUCCGUGGUGGCCGACCCCAUGCAGCCGCCACCCAUCGCAGAGGAGAUCGACCUGCUGGUGUUUGACCUGAAGACCAUGCGGGAGGUAAAGCGGGCUCUGCGUGCCCAUCGUGCCUACACGCCCAACGACGAAUGCUUCUUCAUCUUCCUGGACGUCAGCCGGGACUUCGUGGCCAGUGGGGCUGAGGACCGGCAUGGCUACAUCUGGGACCGUCACUACAACAUCUGCCUGGCUAAGCUGCGGCAUCAGGAUGUGGUCAACUCAGUGGUCUUCAGCCCCCAGGAGCAGGAGCUCCUGCUGACAGCCAGCGAUGAUGCCACCAUCAAAGCCUGGCGCUCGCCUCGCACGGUGCGCGUCCACCAAGCCCCUCGUCCACGCCCGCGCCCCUUCUUCUCCUGGUUUGCCAACCAGCGGCGCUGAGGGACUCUGGCUGACAGAAGCGUCCUCGAUGUCCUCGAGCUGCUGGGGACCUACUGAGGAUGCCAUGGAGGCCUCUGGGCCUCCCAGGGUCGAGCCACCACCCAGACCACACGGGGGGCCAUCGUGGCAGUCGGGCGGGCACACCUUAGGAAGGAGGUCCGGCAGUACUGCAGGAGGGGACAGUCUGACCCCCACCACACUUGUUCACACACACGCACAGCGCUGGGCGGCUUCCUGGCUGGCUUGGGGUGCACAGCAAGCUGGGGGCCCUGCUCUUCACCUACCCCCUUCUCCCCAGCCUGGGCCCUUGGACAGUCAGCAAGAUGCAUUCCCCUUGGCAGGCCCUGUGGGCCCUGGGCAGUGUUCCUGGGUCCAGCCUUGUCCUGAUAGCUCAUUGUGCAUAAGUAAGGUCUGUGGCGCAAUUCUGUCUGCCAUGGGCCCGGGCGAACUGCAUGUCACUUGUCACCUGCUCAGGGCCUGAAUAAAUAGUUGGCAAUAGCA